AUGCCGAUUUGCUCUGGUGAGCUGGAUGUAACAAUUCCUAUUGACAUUUUGACUGGUAGCAGUGGGAGUCCCCUGCCAGCCUCCAACUUCACAGCGGUGCCUGCCUAUGCGCACUACAUGGGGUAUCCCCAUAUGCCCAGCGUGGAUCCUCACGGGCCAUCGCUGGGGGUCUGGGGUUCACCCUAUAGCCCCUCUCGAGAAGACUGGAAUGUGUACCCUGGGCCAUCCGGUACAGUGGGCACGGUGCCUAUGAACGACAUGAUCUCGAACCCUUCCGCUUUUGGCUGUCAGGAAUACAGCAACUUGGGCCCUGUGGGCGGGGGAAGCACCAGUGGAAGCCUGCCAGCCCCAGCCAGCAGGUUGCUGUUCCCCAUAGAUGCCGAAGCUGCAGAUGCCAGUUCUCCCAACAGAAGCCGCCACAGCCAUGCAUGGAUGUGAAAGACCGUGCAGGUGACUGGGAAAACCAGGACAAAAGAAAAGUAUCGUGUGGUUUACACCGAUGAUCAAAGAUUGGAGCUAGAGAAGGAAUUCCACUGCAACAGAUACAUCAUCAUUCGGAGAAAAUCAGAACUGGCAGUCAACCUGGGCCUUUCUGAAAUGAAAAUCUGGUUUCAGAAUUGCAGAGCCAAGGAGAAAAAGAUGAUAAGAAAGAAAAUCUCCCAGUUUGAGAACAGUGGAAGCUCAGUACAAAGUAAUUCUGGCUCCAUCAGCCCUGGGGAAUUACCUCCAACCAACCUUUUUUUUACCACCUCAUCUGCUGUUCAUAGAUUUCAGCCUAUUGAGAUACAAAGAAAGGCAAAGAGAAAUGGAAAACCCCCUAUCCCUUAG